UAAUUCAGCAACCCGGAAUCAACCAGUAGCAUGGAUGUAUUCAAACAACAAGCAGUAGCCAGACAGUAGGAUAUUUUAUCACCUGCUCUGGCAGGCCAGAUUCAGGAUGAUCUACAUCAUAAUGGGAGUCUCAGGCUGUGGAAAGAGCGCCUUAGGGGCCUUCCUAUCAGAAAAGCUGGGCUGGCCCCUUCACGAAGGGGAUCACUUCCACCCACAGGGGAACAUCGAGAAGAUGGCUCGUGGUGAGCCACUCACAGACCAGGACAGAUUGCCUUGGCUUCUCAAACUACAUGAAGUCAUCGAGAGAGAAAGGUGUUCACGCUCUGAUGCUCUUGUGGCGUGUUCCGCCCUGAAGCGCCUGUACAGACAGAUCCUGCUCUACGGCUCCAAAGCCCUCCAUUCCUCCUCCAGUCCAGACCAAGAUAUCCUGCCCCCGGCCUCUCCUGAUGUCUUUUUUCUCUUCCUACACGGUGACUACGAUCUCAUUCAGCAGAGGAUGGUGGCCCGGAGGGGACAUUACAUGAAAGCAGACCUGCUGCGUUCCCAGUUUGAUGUUUUAGAGCCUCCGUCGGAUGAGGAGAACGUGUUGCCUCUGGACAUCAGGAGGAGCAUCACUGACAUGGCCACGGAGGUCCAGAAGCACAUCGUUAGCCUCAAGUCGUCACCACUGCCAUAACCACAGUCCAUAUCUAGUUCAUAUCUUAGUGAAGGUGAGAAGUAAAGCACCGUUUCAGUUGUGGUGCAAAACCACAGAGAAGCUUGUGCAGUAGUGGGAGUUUACAGAAUCUGUAAGAUCCUGUGGUGCUGAAAACUUUUCAAAACACAGUCUAAAUGCCAUUCAUAUUCCUGCUGCAGAGUAUUUGGUACUGCAAAGGUUUGAAUUGGGACCAUGCUUUCAUUUGUGAAUGAGUAUGAACCUCCAGUAGUAUGCCAUAAAGAAAAAGGCUACAGUUAAAUAUAGUGUGUAUAUUAGCUCUUUUUGAACUUAUGAAGAGGAUUGUGGUAAUAUUAUAAAGAUUCAAUGUUUCAGUAAUCUCAGCAUUUCAUUCAUUUCUGUGAAGAAAACUAAAUGAGGAUUGGAUUAUUGUUUAAGAUAUAAACAGGAUAAGGGCACGGUGAAGACUUGAACACAAGUUCUAUUCCCUCUCUGCUAAAC